AAGGGAACUUACAUCAGGUCACGUAAACCUGAGGAAUAUGACCAUAAGUGGAAUGUGUAGAAUUAAUUAUGCCUAAGAGCAAAUGUAAACUGGGAUAUAAGAAUAAAGCAGAAUCUUAAUACCCAUGGGGAAUACACAGUCACCACCCCAUAGGCCGUUAACUAUUUCACCUAUUAAUUAAUAGUUUUUAGUUUAUUAUCGGUAUAUUUUAAUUCACUAAUUUAAAUAUUAGAUCUGCCUUUGGUAGCAAAGAUGAUGCUUCGUUUGCAGAAAAGACUUGCCGCUUCCGUGCUUCGCUGCGGAAAGGGCCGUGUUUGGCUCGACCCAAACGAAUCCAGCGAGAUUGCCAUGGCCAACUCCCGUUUCAGUGUUAGAAAACUUAUUAGUGACGGCUUAAUAAUAAAGAAGGGAGUUGCUCCUCAUAGCAGAUCCAGGAUCAGGCUUUAUCACCUUGCUAAAAGGAUGGGUAGACAUACCGGUAUUGGUAAAAGGAAGGGUUCCAAGGGUGUUAGACAGCCUCCAAAGCUCCUUUGGAUGAGACGCCAACGUGUUUUAAGACGUUUAUUGAGGAAACUUAGGGACUCUAAGAAAAUCGACUCCCAUAUGUACCACAACUUUUAUAUGAGGUGUAAAGGUAACCAAUUCAAGAACAAGCGUGUCCUUCUCGAGGCCAUACAUGCUCAGAAGAACGCUUGGGUCAAACAGAAGGCUGAAAACGAACUUGUAGAGGCGCUCAGGGCCAAGUCCAAGAUGCUGAAGGAGAAGAGGAAAGCCAGACUUUCAGCUAUGUAAUUUUUUAACCUCUACAUACCUUUUAAUGUAAUAUGAAGUAA